UCAAGUUACAAGAACAUUAUGAUCAUUUGUGUAUGGGCCAUCCAUCAUUCUUGAUCACAGUGAACGACCUCUUAAAUAUAACCAUAUUUUAACUAAUUAGGGACGGCUCGAAAUAAAUGCACUUUGUCGGUGUGCUAUCCUUUUAAUACUACAUGGCCAAGCGCCCUGACGUGACGUGUAUUAUAUCGUUUUAGCUUUGAAGCAACUAUAGUCAUUGUCAGUUCACAUUAAAGGGAACAUUUUGCUUAGUAAAAGGAGGCAUUUUUUAUGAAAUGGAAGGUGCGUUAUUAUCAAGGCAGGCACAUUUUCUGCUAAGGAUCGUACUUGUUAAAGUUUUCAUACUCAACUCCUUAAAUGCCCGACGUAUGGUUGGUUUUGAUGAGAUUAACAAGUAUGCUCAAUUACAAGUUAAUGUGAAUAUGGACAAGAGAACUACAAAUAUUCCCACUGAGGAGUCGAAACGCCAGAUGUUAAAUGUACUAGGAAUGGAUGAAUUGCCUGAACUUAAGAAUGGAGCAUCACCUCAUCAAUACAUGAUUCAAAUAUAUAAAAAAAUGUCGCGUCGUCGACGUCAAGCAAAUGGUGUGAACACGAUUCGUGGUUUUGUUGAUAUUGGUAAAGAUGAUGCAAAACGCGAAAUACAGUUUCAUCAGACAUACGAAUUUAACAUUUCUGCUUUGCCAAUUACGGAGAGGCUAAUAUCUGCUGAUUUGCGUAUUCUGCGCCUACCAACUGGCAUGGAAUGGAAAUAUGCUUACGGACAUGGUAUGCGAUACCGUGCGAAAAUUUACUAUAAGAAAUAUAUUCAUCACAUGUGGAAUGGCUUUGUUUACUCACAUACUCAACUAAUAUUUUUGGAUUCGAUGGUCUUUGAUGUACGAGACAGGAAAACAGAGGAUUGGAAGGUGUUUAAAGUUUUAGACGCUUUGAAUGAAUGGCGUAACGACAGCAACUUUGUUCAUAGUUUAGAAUUACAAGUUGAGUCGAUCCACUCUGGUUAUCUGGUACCAGGAUUUGCUUUCGGUUUUUCAGAAAAGUCAAGAGCUCACAAUCAGCGUGCACUCUUAGUUAGUUACAGUGACGAUGGUAAAACUCCAAUGCGUAGCAACGAAGCGAGUUCAGAAAGGCAAAAGUCUAAACGAUCGAAAAAUGAAAAAAUUGUGAUGAAAAAUAAAAACGAUGAAGGUGGUAAUCGCUCAAAACGUGGUGCAAAACGCAGACGACGUCGCAAAUUAUUAUGUCAUAGGAGAAAUUUGUACAUCGACUUUGCUCUACUGGGCUGGGCUGAGUGGAUUAUAACACCGCGUGGUUAUAAUGCGUAUUAUUGUCGUGGUGUAUGUCGGGUUCCUAUACCGGAACAUUUAAAUCCUACUAACCACGCAAUGGUACAAUCCACUGUGCAUGAUAUGGAUAGAAGACGAGUACCUCCUGUGUGCUGUAUCCCGGACAAACUUUCUAGGGUCAGUUUGUUAUUUUAUGACAAGGGGGAUAGUGUCGUUUAUAAAACAUAUGAUAAUAUGGUCGUUGAAAGUUGUCGAUGCAAGUGAGUCAAUUGAGAGUAAGAAAAAAGUGCCUUUCACAGUGUGAACUGAGGAAAUUCGAGUUGGAGACAAAAUGGCUUCUAUAGGACGCCACUUCACCAGACGUCGUGUCUUUAAUGUUCAUCCUGUUUGCGAUUAAAAUAACACUGAAUGCAUUGAAACAUUUAGACGCAAAGAACUCUGGAGACUUUGCUGCGACACACACGCGGAUGUAACCUGUCGAUUUGAUGUAUUUACAUGAAUGAUAAUUGUCUUUAGUUUAUUAUUUCUUAUACACUUGUGUUGAGAAGGGAGAAAAACAACUUAACUAUAUAUGCUAUUCGAUAAAAACGAUAUUAUGUCAAAACUGUCUGAUUUCGUAUCGCUUUCCUGCGAUAAACCCAAUUACUAUGACACUUUAAAAACAUGCAUCGUUGGAAAAUUGAUUAGUUUUCCUACUUUCGCAAAAUUUACAUAAAUUGCGUGCAAAUUACAUCCUGUAAUGUCAUUAGAACAAAUAUGAAUUCGUUCUUAUGUUUCUGAAUGAAUAUUUCGUGAGUUAUAUGAAGAAGAUUUUCAACGAAAAAUCUAUGUCUACAAUAGCCACAGACGUAUGAUUAUAGCACUGUUAAUUCUUCCUUAUACACAACAACUUUCUAUAGUGCAAAUAUAAAACAUUAUAUCAAAUUUGUAAAUACUAUUAUGGUCUAUUUAUUUACCAGAACUUUAUAUUCGUAGUAUUAUUUGUAUGUAUAAUUGAUAUAAUUUUUCCAUUAUGAAAAGGCUUUAGUACUAUUUAGCUACAAUCACAUAAGUUUUUAUAACAUAUCAGAUUUAUAAACACAAAUUCUCUUCUUAAAA